AACAAUAGACACUCAUUAACACCCUUAUUUUAGCCAUCAACACCAGAAACACCAUCAAGAUGCAGUUGCUGCAUGACCACGCGACGCUGGCCGUGAGGAGCCAGAAGGAUUCCAAGGAUUCCAAAGAUUCCAAGGAUUCCGACCUGGAGGUGAAGGAGAGAAGGUCUUCCAACGCUUCGCUGAUGAUGAACCCUGUGGCGAGCGGGGACAAUGUGACCACUGGGCUGAACUCAGCUCACAGGCUGAAGGAGGAACUGCCUCCUUUAGUGCCCUGCUGCGAGGGGAAAGAGCUUCAGAUAAACGAAGACCUGGUCCGCAGCGGCCUGUCAGCUAUCUCCGUGAAGCACGAGCACGUCAUGCACUGCCUCAGCUCCUCAGAGGCCUGCGAGAGGAUCCAGCUGAUGCCGGGCAUUGUGAAGCGUCGCAAUUCAUACCGCUGCCUCCACCGUCCGGACUUAAAGCGGGUUCCGUACCUCGGCCGGAUGACGCCGGACGAACUGGAGUCCCUGUUUAGGGGCCAUGCGGACUUUCCGGCCUGGUCGCAGAGAAACGAUAACCAAGACACACCAAGAGUAAUGCUACCCCCUGAUGAAAACAACCUCAACCGAGACCUAAGAACCAAAGAACCUACAAUGACUGAUGAAAACGGUCUAGUACUUCACCCGAUUCCCGAGAUCAGAUCAGGAGCAGAAGAUGUCCCAGUCGGCAUGAGAUUACACGGAGCUCGAGCGAGACUAUACACGUCCGUGCAGGCGGUCAGGGCGGGGGAUCAGCGCGAUAGCUGCGAUUCAGUAAACGAAGCAAUAGACAACAGCAUACCCGAAGACCUGACAGAUGAAGAGGUCCAAAUUAAGGAGGAACUUCAGAUCAUACUCCCGCCAAGACCUGAUGACGUCAACGCUGACUGGUCCACCACUAGCAAUGUCACUUCUAGUACUAAUAGUUGAGAAUUUGAGACUUUGAAUUCAACCAACAAUGAACCAAAGACAAAGAAUUAUUUGAAGAACAUUAGAGUAUGAACAAAUAAAAUAACAAUAUGAAAUUGGGAAACAGAUUUUCGGAUUUAACAAAUAAUUAAUCUACUUAAGGACGAAUGAUUAGGUGAACAGCAUCAAGAUAUAAAGUGUAGAAACUAAGAAAAAAUAGAGAAAAUUUGGAAAAGAAUUUGUGAAAUAACGUAAUGAAAAUAUAAACUAUCCCUUUAACCGUC